AUGAAAGACAAGGACCGAGCUUUAGCAAGGGAAGUACAUGUAUUUACACACGAUCUCCAGUCAGUCAAAUUAUGUCCAAUGUUACAGGCAAGUGCUUUAUAUUAUAAAACGAAGCUUUGUGUUCAUAAUUUCAUAAUGUAUAACCUGGCUACAAAAGAUGUUAAUUGUUACUGGUUUGAUGAAUACAACGCAGGUUUAGUGGCUUCUGUUCCUGCAUCCUGUGUCAUAAAUUGCUUAAAAAAAAGUCUUGGAGGAAAUCCUAUGCCGAUUAUUCUAUUUUCUGAUGGAUGUACAGCACAAAACAGAAGCGUCGUUUUGGCUAAUACUUUCUUAGAUUUGGCUAUGGAGUAUGAGGUAGUAAUAACCCAAAAAUCCUCGAAAAUGGUCAUACUCAAAUAG